CAGCUGGCCGCCCCGCCCCCGCCGCGCCGCAGGACCCGACCCGACCCCAGCCAGGGCCAGGACCCUUCCGCCACCAUGGCGCCCUCGCCUUCGCGGUCGCGCUCCGUGAUGACCCUCGUCUGCGCCAUCAUCCACUUGGUCGGCGCCGUGCAGUUCACGUUCGCCGUCUUUUAUGACUGGACCAGAGUCAAAAUCCCGCGCGAGGUGCAGGAGAUGGGCAGCGGCUUCGGGGGCAAGCUUGUCUACCUCACCUUUUGGGACGCGAUUCUUCAAGCUGUGUACUUCACAGUUUGCCUCAUAAAUGAUGCUGCGGGGGAUCACUCACCAAAUCCACCAAACCCGCCACUUAUCAGGAGGAUUAAGGACUACAUGUUCGCAGCGUUUGCCUUCCCAAUUGCUAUGUUUGUUGGUGUUACAUUCUGGUCCAUUAUGGCAAUUGAUAGAGAGUUAGUUUUACCAAAGAAACUUGAUGCAUACUUCCCUUUCUGGUUGAAUCACAUUAUGCAUACGAAUAUUGUCAUCUUCAUUCUCCUGGAGAUGUUCUUGUCAUGCCGUAAAUACCCCACCAAAAAGAAGGGACUUGCAGGACUUACAAUCUUUAUGGCCACUUAUCUAUCAUGGACAUUUGUGAUUUAUUAUAAUACCAACCUCUGGGUUUACCCUGUCAUGAAUGUGAUGGACUGGCCGUCUCGAAUUUUCUUCCUCCUUGCCAUGCUGGCUUUCUGUCUCAUACUUUAUCUUGUUGGCGAUUUCAUCAACAACAAGCGAUGGGGUGAGUUGCUGCGUCCAGAAAAGGAUAAGGCAGAAAUUCCGAAUCCUGACGAAACUCUGCCUAUGACAGAAGUUGAUAUUAAGGAUGGUUCUGUGUAAAUUUUCACAAGGCAACUCUGAAAAAAUGCUAUUGCAAUGGCACUAUUAAUUUGUGCGCACGUUGGUUAGCGUAUGAUAAAUGAAGACUGACAAGGAUUUAAGCCAUAUCUUAAAGUAUACCUCCUCCUGAUGGGUCAAAUACUCUUACAAGUCAUCACAUCAAUUAGUCGUACUAUAAAUACUUUGUAGUCAACUUUGGCCUCAACCUUUUUUUUUCCUGUUUUUUUUUUUAAAUGUUUUGUAGCAAAGUCACAGUAGAACUUUGUAGUAGUGGUUCAUGUUGGCUGAGCUCCAGGCUAUGUUCAAAUUUCCUUGUGGCCUAUUUACUGUGAUUAUAAGAUUGCAUGACAACAUUGUCAUUUGUAGUGUCAUUUUUAUGUUGUAGUUCAUGGUUAGUUAGAAACUUGUGUUGAAAUUCAUUGUUUGAUUGGUCAAAGUUCAUUUUUGUUUUUGUUUCUUAAGUAAGAACCACAUCUCAUCACCUUAGUGCAUGGUAUUUUUUGUCUCACUUUUGUACAUAUCUGUAGACUUGUUCUAUUCUCUCAUUUUUGAAUGAUUGUAAUUUUGGAUUCAUUUAGAUCAUUGGUUUUUGAUUUGUUUUAUUUUAUUUUCUAGACUCCAUUUGUCUUUUGUGUGUCUUCAAACUGUUUUUAUCAGUAUGCUUUUCAUUAGACCCAGCAUCAUGGUGUAAAAAGAUUUUUUGUUAGUAAGUAGCUCUGUGAUCAGCCUAUUUGUUGGCCAGUUUAUGAUUUUGUGUAUGUAUUUAUGUACUUUGUGUACGGAAUAUUUGAUUCCGAGUUCAUACAUAGGUAGGAUAUUAUUUAACAUAUUGGAAAUUAAUUAUGCAUGUUGGCUACAAGAAUCUUUAAAUCUCUAAAUAGGUGUCCUUUGUUUUGUUUUUUUAUUUGGAACACCAUUGUAUUUAGUGAAUCCAGUACUUUGGGUCUUUCCUAUUUUCUGCUGCUUCUCACACAAGAAAGUACUUACUCUGUUGAAUUUUGGUACUUAUAAACAUGUCCCUUCACUGAACUUUGAUGCUAAGCCACAUUAUAUUUUGGUUUGCUUCCUUUUCCUUGGUUAUAGGUUUGCCAAGGUUUAAUUAUUUCUUGUGGUGAAAUUAGUCAAAUGUCAGGAGCAUGUCAACACUCAUGCAACUAUGAUAAUGGUAGAUAGUGCCAUAGCUAUGUUACCUAUGAGUCAAGGCAGUGCUGCGCUGUGAUAAAAGUUUUGAUUGUGACUGGACUAAAUUUUGCUUGUUGGUUCUGUCAAGUGGUUCAUCUGGUCGAAUUGGAAGUGGCCUGAAAGACCAGUUCACACUACCUGUUCUAUGAUUUAUUGAUUAGAUGUCCAAAAAUUAAUACUGGACAGUUUGUAUGUUGCAAUUAAGUUACCAUUUUUAAAAAUUAAUGCAUUGAGGCAAGCAACGAAGGGUGAGUUUCUCACCUCAUGCUAGAUUUAUCAAGUCAACGAAACAAUUUCUUGUGUUGUAUGUUCCACUAUCCAUCAUCUUUGUUCAUACAAUCCACCAGUGAAUGAGCACUGCUACAGCAAUUUUCUUGAUUUCCUACUUCUCAUAAGGCAAAGGGCAAAGUGCUUUGAUUUAUAAUUUCCCUUUUGCCGGUUUGUUUGGCCCUGCAAGUCUGAUGUUCUAUGAAAUUUCUCAAGAGAUGUUGGGAGUUUUUCUGUGGUCUGUUUUGGCUUCUGUAGGUUUUAGUUAGAUAUUGUACCUGUACAUGUUAGUGGAGAUGUUCUUUUCUACCCCUUUCCCCUUUAUUCUGUGCGUAUGUGUCUUCCCUUAUUACUCUCCUUUUCUGUAGUGUAGAUGCUUGCUAAGCACCUCAAAUUGGAUUUGUGUAUACAAACCCUUCAUAUAAAACCUGAUAUUGGUAAUUUUAUUUGAUAAGACUACUAACAUUCUCUGUGAAUCUUUUACAGCAAAGCAAAUAAAUUCCUUUCCCCUCAGUU